CUUCUGAAAAGGGUAAAAGGAAAUCGAAGACAUUUUCGAAAGGUGAGUAGUCCAUGGGUUCAUUCAUUACAAAUAUUAAUUUUUCGGAAAAACUUUGACCUUGUCUUUAUCCGGUAAUUGGACGCCAUUUGGUUUUGAUAACGACUCCGGCUCAAUAACCCGGCUCCAUUCCAAUGUAAAGUUUCUAAUUUAAUAAACAGCAUUCAAUGGUAUUAGCUGAGGCUAUUAACAAUUAUUAGAGAUUUACCCACUUGACAAGAUACCCACUGAAACCAUUAACCAAUGACAACAUUGCCCACUGAUAACAUUACCCACAGACAGCAUUACCCACUGAAAAUAUGACCUAAUGACUUACCCUUAGACAACAUUGCCCACUGACAACAUUACCCACUGACAACAUUACCCACUGACAACAUUACCCACUGACAACAUUACCCACUGACAACAUUACCCACUGAAAGUACAACAUAUUUACAGUAUUACCCACUUAAGAACUAAUAACUGACGAUAGUACGACAUAUUUACAGUAUUACCCACUAAAUAACUAAUAACUGAAGAUAUUAUCCAAUGACAACAUUACCCUCUGAUAGUACGACUAAUUUACAGUAUUACCAACUGACAACAUUGUACAUGUACAUUAUAGCCAAAUGACAAUAUACCCACUGACAUCACCCACUGAUCGUAUGACAAGUUUAUAAUAUUACCACCUGACAACUGUUCGGCAUUACAGCGUUGUUAUGUAAAUUAUUAGCCAUUAGCCGUAUGUCCCACUAAAAAGUGUAUCCUCACUUACAGUAUUACCGAUAGAUGUGUCGACCUGAAGUGUUUUAGUCUGGCUAAGACCACACCCCACGUGUAGCCUCAAGCGUUGAUUUCUAUCAAACCAAACCAGAUGUAUAGCGUCUAGCAAUAUUUCUAUAAAUCUAAAUCACAAUUGUAGCUCCUAACUUAAGUUAGUAUAAAACUACAACAUAAAUGUAGCCUCUAGCCUCACUUUCUAUAAAACUACAACACAAGUGUAGCAUCUAGCAUCUGUUUGUAUAAAACUACAACACAAGUGUAGCCUCUAGCAUCAGUUUGUAUAAAACUACAACACAAUUGUAGCCCCUAACUUUAGUUAGUAUAAAACUACAACACAAAUGUAGCCUCUAGCAUCAGUUUUUAUAACACUACAGCACAAAUGUAGCCUCUAAAUCAGUUUGUAUAGAACCACAACACAAGUGUAGCCUCUAGCAUCAGUUUAAAUAUAACAACAACACAAAUGUAGCCUCUAGCAACAGUUUGUAUAAAACUACAGCACAAGUGUAGCCUCUAAAUCACUUUGUAUAAAACUACAACAUAAGUGUCGCCUCUAGCAUCAGUUUCUAUAAAACUACAACACAAGUGUAGCCUCUAGCAUCAGUUUCUAUAAAACUACAACACAAUUGUAGCAUCUAACUUUAGUUAGUAUAAGACUACAACACAAAUGUAGCCUCUAGCAUCAGUUUCUAUAAAACUACAACACAAAUGUAGCCUCUAGCAUCAGUUUCUAUAAAACUACAACACAAGUGUAGCCUCUAGCAUCAGUUUCUAUAAAACUACAACACAAUUGUAGCCUCUAGCAUCAGUUUCUAUAAAACUACAACACAAUUGUAGCCUCUAACUUUAGUUAGUAUAAGACUACAACACAAAUGUAGCCUCUAGCAUCAGUUUCUAUAAAACUACAACACAAAUGUAGCCUCUAGCAUCAGUUUGUAUAAAACUACAACACAAGUGUAGCCUCUAGCAUCAGUUUCUAUAAAACUACAACACAAUUGUAGCCUCUAAAUUUAGUUAGUAUAAGACUACAGCACAAAUGUAGCUUCUAGCAUCAGUUUGUAUAAAACUACAGCAUAAGUGUCGCCUCUAGCAUCAGUUUCUAUAAAACUACAACACAAGUGUAGCCUCUAGCAUCAGUUUCUAUAAAACUACAACACAAUUGUAGCCUCUAACUUUAGUUAGUAUAAAACUACAACAUAAGUGUAGCCUCAAACAUUAGUUUCUAUAAGACUACAACACAAGUGUAGCCUCUAACAUUAGUAUCUAUAAAACUACAGCACAAGUAUAGCCUCUAAAUCAGUUUGUAUAAAACUACAACAUAAGUGUAGCCUCUAGCAUCAGUUUCUAUAAAACUACAACACAAGUGUAGCCUCUAGCAUCAGUUUCUAUAAAACUACAACACAAUUGUAGCCUUUAAAUUUAGUUAGUAUAAAACUACAACACAAAUGUAGCCUCUAACUUUAGUUAGUAUAAGACUACAACACAAAUGUAGCCUCUAGCAUCAGUUUCUAUAAAACUUCAACACAAAUGUAUCCUCUAACAUUAUUUGCUAUAAAAAAACAACAUAGGUGUAGCCUCUGGCAUCAGUUUCUAUAAAACUACAACACAAGUGUAACCUUUAGCAUCAGUUUCUAUAAAACUACAGCACAAAUGUAGCCUCUAGCAUUUGUUUGUAUAAAACUAAAACACAAAUGUGGCCUCUAGCAUCAGUUUGUAUAAAACUACAGCACAAAUGUAGCCUCUAGCAUUUGUUUGUAUAAAACUACAACACAAAUGUAGCCUCUAGCAUCAGUUAGUAUAAAACUACAACACAAAUGUAGCCUCUAGCAUCAGUUUCUAUAAAACUACAACACAAGUGUAGCCUCUAACAUUAGUUUCUAUAAAACUACAACACAAGUGUAUCCUCUAACAUUAGUUUCUAUAAAACUACAGCACAAAUAUAGCCUCUAAAUCAGUUUGUAUAAAACUACAACAUAAGUGUAGCCUCUAGCAUCAGUUUCUAUAAAACUACAACACAAGUGUAGCCUCUAGCAUCAGUUUCUAUAAAACUACAACACAAUUGUAGCCUCUAAAUUUAGUUAGUAUAAAACUACAACACAAAUGUAGCCUCUAGCAUCAGUUUCUAUAAAACUACAACACAAGUGUAACCUCCCGCAUCAGUUUCUAUAAAACUACUAUAAAAAUGUAGCCUCUAGCAUCAGUUUGUAUAAAACUACAGCACAAAUGUAGCCUCUAGCAUCUGUUUCUAUAAAACUUCAACACAAAUGUAUCCUCUAACAUUAUUUGCUAUAAAAAAAACAACAUAGGUGUAGCCUCUGGCAUCAGUUUCUAUAAAACUACAACACAAGUGUAACCUUUAGCAUCAGUUUCUAUAAAACUACAACACAAUUGUAGCCUCUAACUUUAGUUAAUAUAAAACUACAACACAAAUGUAGCCUCUAGCAUCAGUUUGUAUAAAACUACAGCACAAAUGUAGCCUCUAGCAUUUGUUUGUAUAAAACUACAACACAAAUGUAGCCUCUAGCAUCAGUUAGUAUAAAACUACAACACAAAUGUAGCCUCUAGCAUCAGUUUCUAUAAAACUACAACACAAGUGUAGCCUCUAACAUUAGUUUCUAUAAAACUUCAACACAAAUGUAUCCUCUAACAUUAUUUUCUAUAAAAAACAACAACACAGGUGUAGCCUCUGGCUUUAGUUUUAAGUGUUGCUUCUAGCAUUAGUACUAUAACACUACACAAUAAGUGUAGCAUUUAGCUUUAGUACAAUAAAACUGCAACAAAAUGCAGCUUUAGAGUGUUUCCUCAAACAUCCACAUCUAAAUGCCAAACAUUUAACAAAUGUUAACUACGUCUGACAUUGAACCAUGACAGAUGCCUUACUCUCCGGAAUUUCAACGAUAGAUGGAAAGAAAGUUCGUGGCAAGAAACAUACAGGUGAGAAGAACAUGUAUUAUGAAUUAAUAUGACCUAAGUAUCUGCAACUGAAACUGUAUGGUGUGUCAUUGCUUAUUCUUACAUAAUUCUAGUCACUUGAAACUAAAUGUGUAUUGUUGGCGUACUCUGAUUUAAUUCUAGUCACCUGAAACUAUAUGUGUAUCAUUGGCUUACUCUGAUGUAAUUCUAGUCACCUGAAUCUGUAUGUGUAUCGUUGGCUUAUCUGAUGUAAUUCUAGUCACCUGAAACUGUAUGUGUAUUGUUGGUUUACUCUGAUGUAAUUCUAGUCACCUGAAACUGUAUGUGUAUCGUUGACUUACUCUGAUGUAAUUCUAGUCACCUGAAAAUGUAUGUGUAUCGUUGGCUUACUCUGAGGUAAUUCUAGUCACAUGAAACUGUAUGUGUAUCGUUGGCUUACGCUGAUGUAAUUCUAGUCACAUGAAACUGUAUGUGUAUCGUUAGCUUACUCUGAUGUAAUUCUAGUCACAUGAAACUGUAUGUGUAUCGUUGGCUUACUCUGAUGUAAUUCUAGUCACCUGAAACUGUAUGUGUAUCGUUGGCUUACUCUGAUGUAAUUCUAGUCACCUGAAACUGUAUGUGUAUCGUUGACUUACUCUGAUGUAAUUCUAGUCACCUGAAAAUGUAUGUGUAUCGUUGGCUUACUCUGAUGUAAUUCUAGUCACAUGAAACUGUAUGUGUAUCGUUGGCUUACUCUGAUGUAAUUCUAGUCACAUGAAACUGUAUGUGUUUCGUUGGCUUACUCUGAUGUAAUUCUAGUCACAUGAAACUGUAUGUGUAUCGUUGGCUUACUCUGAUGUAAUUCUAGUCACAUGAAACUGUAUGUGCAUCGUUGGCUUACUCUGAUGUAAUUCUAGUCACCUGAAACUGUAUGUUUAUCGUUGGCUUACUCUGAUGUAAUUCUAGUCACCUGAAACUGUAUGUGUAUCGUUGGCUUACUCUGAUGUAAUUCUAGUCACCUGAAACUGUAUGUGUAUCGUUGGCUUACUCUGAUGUAUUUCUAGUCACCUGAAACUGUAUGUGUAUCGUUGGCUUACUCUGAUGUAUUUCUAGUCACCUGAAACUGUAUGUGUAUCGUUGGCUUACUCUGAUGUAAUUCUAGUCACCUGAAUCUGUAUGUGUAUCGUUCGCUUAUCUGAUGUAAUUCUAGUCACCUGAAACUGUAUGUGCAUCGUUGGUUUAUCUGAAAUAAUUCUAGUCACCUGAAACUGUAUGUGUAUCUUUGGCUAACCUAAUGUUAUUCUAGUCACCUGAACUGUAUGCGUGUCAUUGCUUCUUCUGAUCUUAUUCUAGCCAUUUGCAACUGUAUCUUGUGUCGUUUCUUGUUUUCGUUGCUGAUCUGGAUAGACACUAUUACUUUACUGUGUGAGGAAUCUUCUAAUUAUUCUAUGGUAAUACUCGUAAUUUUAAAAUUUAGCAGGGUACCGGGCCUCCAGGACUUGCUACCAACAGUCACUGCCGAGCAAUGCCUGACUGUGACCUACAUAUAGAGUUUGUGACUCUCCGGACUGACCUUCCUUUCGGCAAACUAUUGCAAAACCACUAAAAUUUUAAGAAUUCAAAUCAAACACAUUGCACAAUAGACUGUACGCCUCCAUCCAAAAAGUGUAGUCCAGAGGCGAAUCUCCCCCCCCCCACCACAUCCUCCUCAUAAGGCCCAAUCUCACAUGAAACUAAUCAUAACAAAAACAUACACAUAAUUGUAUUAGACGUUUUUGUAUGUGGAAGAUUACGAGCAACAGAGCCAUUUUAUGAUUAAACAAAAAAAUAAAAUAAAAAGAAUAUGCAGAUGUUGAUCUGGGAAUAGCUAGUUAUAUUUUCUCGACAAUAUAAUAAAUUUCCAAGAAUUAAACUUUCUUAAAUGGCUUUAUAUUAAAUUUUCUUUUAAAAUCGAUGUAAAAGAAUGUCACAACAAAUGAAUGUUUCUAAAUUGUUUCCAGAUGAAGACAACAUUCUUCAGGAAUCCGAUUCAGAAGGUAAGACGUCACAAUUUGCCGAGUCGGUACUGAAUGAAGAUAUCCUGAAAUACCAGCUUUAAAAUGAUGAUAUUGUGGAGAGUUCGGAUCUGGAGGCGACAGGGGUUUGGGGUACUGACCACCUGAUCAAAGGGCCUGGGGCGUCAGAUCUCAAAGCAGGGUUAUUGGCCAACUGACCAAAGGGUCUAGCGUAUCAGAUCUCACAGCAGGGUUACUGGCCAACUGACCAAGGGUCUAGCGUAACAGAUUUCCCCGGGACGACAGUUACGCUGCGGGUGUAUGAUCAUUUUGACGGUUGGAAAAAUUAAGUACCUGUGAUUUGGGAAUGAGAUUACAGACGUGGGAAGGAAUCUCUAUGGGGUCGGGACUUAUAAAUAGGGAACCUUGGACAGAUAUGGAUAGAACUCAGCCGGACAGAGAAGACGACAGUCGAGGGAGAGCUACACCGGGCGGAGGGCGAGCCGGACAGUCUACUGGACAUGAGUAGAAGAUAGACAGCAGAAGACGGUACCCCGGGACAGUGGGAGCAGAGUUUCAAGAUAUUGAUUGUAGAGCAGAUCAAUUAAAGUGAAAGGCUACAAAUCAAUUUGUUGUUACCUGAGUGUUGGAGUAAGAGAGAGAUUGAACGAUGUUACCAUCCACAUAAAGUAGAUAGAGGAACGAGGCGUUACGCGCUCGUUUCCUUACACUAUCUUGAACCACCAGCGUUGAAAUAAUGCUAUACUAAACUAGCAGCGUUAAAAUUUUGUCUUAUUGUAUAUACAUUCAUCUUUGACAAUUAACUUUGUCUAUUGUCUGUAUCAUGAUGAUUAUUUCAUUAUUAAUAGCGUGGUUCAUGAAAUAUUCAUUCCUUCAGUUAAAGUUAGACUCUAAUGUAUAAAACAGCGCGACGUCAGAAAAGGAGUUCAGUGAACAAAAAGAAUAAUGACUAAAAAAAUCUUUACGUGUAAAGUAAACAAAAUGCAGAAAUCAUGAGCCAUGUCCUGUGAAUUAAAAAAGACACACACAUCAUGAGCAAAGGCAUGUGAAUUAAACAAGACACACACAUCAUGAGCAAUGGCAUAUGAAUUAAACAAGACACACACAUCAUGAACAAUAGAUAACAAUUUAUCAGUAUUUUACAUUAAGACUGUUGGAUGAGAUGUAGCCAACGAUUCUUAAGUCAUUACACGUACAUAUGGGCUGAGAUCUAGCCAAAGAUAACCUUAAGUCAAUACACGAACAUAUGGGAUGAGAUUGUAGCCAAAGAUAACCAUAAGUCAUUACACGUACAUAUGGGAUGAGAUUAGCCAAAUAUAAUCUUAAGUCAUUACACAGACAUAUGGGGUGUGAUGUAGCCAAAGAUUACCUCAGUCAUUACACGUACAUAUGGGGUGGGAUGUAGCCAAGGAUUACUUUAAGUCAUUACACGUACAUAUGGGGUGGGAUGUAGCCAAGGAUUACCUUAAGUCAUUACACGUACAUAUGGGGUGGGAUGUAGCCAAGGAUUACCUUAAGUCAUUACACGUACAUAUGGGGUGGGAUGUAGCCAAGGAUUACCUUAAGUCAUUACACGUACAUAUGGGCUGGGAUGUAGCCAAGGAUUACCUUAAGUCAUUACAUGUACAUCUAAUCACAAGACGAGCAACGUUUAUUGUUUCAGGGAAGUAUAAAAGACGACAAUCCAAGUCAGGUAGGUUCAUGUUAUGGAUGUUUUAUAGCUAAGAAACAGCUCAUCAGAUAUAAUUUUACGUGUUACUGUCUCAUGUGUUUGUGUAAGAAAUGAGUUGGUGAGUCACUUUAACCCUUGGCGUGAACGGUUAGUUACUGGGCGAGAGCAACGAGAGAAAGUCAAUGUACUAACAGUGAAAGUCAGUCUUUAAAUUGAGAGGGAAAGUCAGCCUUUAAAAUGGCCCUGAAAGUCAGCCUUUAAUUUCACAGUGAAAUUUCACCCUUAAACUUUCCGAUGACGUGGGAGUCAGCAGCCAUGUUUACAGAUGGAGUAGGAUUUCCUAGAAAUUGAAGAUCCACUAAGAGUUACAUGAAAAAUCAUUUUGUUUUCUGCGCUUCAACAAAGUGUAUAUUUCAACAGUUCAAUUGAAUAACAGCUAGCGUUUACAUUAACAAACUAUUUUUGGCCGACAUGUUAUUGUAUUGCGACUGAUAAUCUAUUGUUGUCACCGACCUGGUGGUAGUGAGGGGAAAUGGAAAUCGCAAACAAAGCUGUAUAUGAACUGAAGAAAAAAGUAAAUGAUAACGCUUUUAUCCGCUUUAUGUUUCAGUGCAUUCGUCCAAGCUCAGCUAGAUAUAUCAGCUUUUGAAUAAUUAUUUUGUUUCUAAACCCACCUCUUUUUCUCCCCCACCCCCCUCUCCUUCCCAGGCAAAAGUCAAAAAGAAGAACAGCCAGAAGAUGAAGAGGAAGGAGAUUUUAUCAUCGACUCCGACGGCCGUCAAGGUACGUCACCAAUUUUUAAGAAUAACGCUUUUAUCCGCUUUAUGUUUCAGUGCAUUCGUCCAAGCUCAGCUAGAUAUAUCAGCUUUUGAAUAAUUAUUUUGUUUCUAAACCCCCCUCUUUUUCUCCCCCCCCCCCCUCUCCUUCCCAGGCAAAAGUCAAAAAGAAGAACAGCCAGAAGAUGAAGAGGAAGGAGAUUUUAUCAUCGACUCCGACGGCCGUCAAGGUACGUCACCAAUUUUUAAGGUUGAUACGUUGCACAUGUUUCCGGACCUCACGUAACGUUGAACAUACAAACACAUUUACGCGAUGUCAUGAAUUUAAACCUCAUCUGUCUUAGAACAAGGAAAUACACGUAACGCGUUUAAGGGUGGCAACGUGGCGACCGCAUGGAGCUACAACAGCAAAAAAAAAACAUCAAAUUUAAAAGGUAGAUUUUCCAACACGAUGAUCGACCCGUUGGGCGUUCCACUUUUAUACGUCAUUUAUGAUUAUAUUUUGGGAAGUUAGGAUUGAGGCUUUGAGCAAAUAAAUGUAUUUAAAAUACAACACAACAACCCGUUACCUUGAUUCAAAAUGUUCUUAUGGACAGCUGCUUUUAGAGUGCUAAUAAAGGUUUCAAUAUUCAAUUGGAUAAUUCAAUUACUCCAAUUUGUCUUUUAACAAUCACAGCCAUUGGUUGAAUGUGUAUUUGAUCGUCUCCCUAUGUUUUUGUAGUGCUAUUAAAAUAUCGUUUUUUUUUUUUAUCUAUGUUUCUAGUGCUAUUAAAAUACCUCAUUGUAUUUUCUCAUUUUUUUAGUGUUAUUAAAAUAUUGAGUUUUAUCUUCUCCCUAUUUAUCGAUUGGUAUUAAAAUAUCGUACUUUACGUUCUCGCUAUGUUCCAAGUUCUAUUAAAACAUCGUAUUUUAUCUUCUCACUUUGUUUCUAGUGCUAUUAAAAUAGUCCAUUUUAUUUUCUCCCUAUUUUUCUUUUGCUGUUAAAAUUUCGACUUUGAUCUUUUCCUUGUGUUUCUAGUUCUUAUAAAAUAUCGUCCCUGUGUUUCUAGUUCUUAUAAAAUAUCGUCCCUGUGUUUCUAGUUCUAUUAAAAUAUCGUCCCUGUGCUUCUAGUUCUAUUAAAAUAUCGUUUCAACGAUCUCUUUUCUUCAGUGACUUUAACGAGAACCGCCAGUGGUCACUAUAUUGAUGACAGCGGCAUCCCAGGUCAGUACUUAACUCCAAUUCUCCUUAAGGACUACGAAACGGUGACAGAUACUAUAGCUAUGACCCAGGGACGUAUACUCAUGUUACCAACAUCAUGUCAAUCCUAGAAAAAAAAAUUUUCUCUUCUGCAUUUUUACCUCUUCUAAUUCACCUUCAUCUUUGCUCAGCCAAACUCAUGAAAACCCCCAGCGGGAGGAUGGUAACUGAAGAUGGCAGAAGAGGUACGUAAAUCAUUUUUAAAAAAAACAACGGUUGUCUUAUGUGGAUUUUGUUAUCUAGAGUCGACAUCAAUUCGCGGUAUUUCCAUUUGUACUGUUUAAAAAUCAGGUUCAUACCAAAAACGCGCGUGCAUUAUUAUCUCUGCUUUCAUACGUCACUUUCACUUUUUUUCUACUCUUUGUUUUUUAAGUUGUAUUUCACAGAAAACCAGCGCUGCCAAAGGGCAAGUACUUUAAUUACACUUUAGAUCUAAGUGAUUUUUAAAUUGUUAUUUCCCUUCAGCAAUAUAUCAUAUUUAUUAGUUUAAAAAAAAACUAAAACCAAUGCUGUUGACCAUCGAUUAGUCAAAUGACUUUAUGUGCAAGUGUUUAUUGGGAUUAAACCAACCUACGAUAAGAAAUACAGAGCAAUAUGUUAAAUACAAUUACUUCAAUAAAAAUUGGGACAAUUUAACGUUAAUUUUUUUUUUACAUAGAGCAUAAUUCUAGAAAAAUAUUUGGUUACAGUAUUUCUAAAAGUGACUUGAGUUUGAAUAACUUUACAAGCCCUACAAUUUCGUGCACUAAAUAAAAAAAAUUAAUGAAUAGAUACAUAUUUUAUACAUUUUGUAAAAAAUCAAUUGAAUAAAUUCAAGAUAAAAGUUUCCGAACGAUACUAUUCAAAACGGGAAAUACAUGGGUAAUAUCUAUUUGUAGCAGAAGUCAGGCUAAGAAUUGCUUAUGGUUUAAGAUGUCAACGUGUUGACCUAAUUUUUCAACUUUUAACAGGAAAGUUUUACUGGAAGACAGAGGAUGGGAGGUUUAUCGACGCAGACGGCAAAGAAGGUGAGGUGACAGCCAGCUGAAUUUGUGACAGUCAGCUGAAUUUGUGACAGCUGAAUUUGUGACAGCCAGCUGAAUUUGUGACAGCCAGCUGAAUUUGUGACAGUCCUCUGUAAUGAUGCGUUGAUGUAGCGCUCUUUGACAAAAUCAAGGAGAACUGACUGAUGAGUCAUUCCAAACUGACUGAUGAAUCAUUCGAAGCUGACUAAUCAGUAAUUCGAAACUGACUGAUGAGUAAUUCAAAGCUGACUGAUGGGUCAUGUGAAACUGACUGAUGGGUCAUGUAGAACUGACCGAUGGGUCAUUCAUAAAUACAUUUUAAUAUCACAAACAUUUAAAAACCACAACAAAACCAUUGCCUUUUGCAUACAUUUUUGUUAAAUUAUUCAAAAUAAUUGAUUUAAUUACCUAUUGCCAAUGAUUUUAUCUUCAACCAAAGAAACCAUUAAGUGCACAAGUUUUUUUUUUUUUUUUUUUUAAAAUAACCGAUAGCCUUAGGAAAUUGCCCUUUAAAAAUAAUUGAUUUAAUUACCUAUUGCCAAUGAUUUUAUCUUCAACCAAAGAAACCAUUAAGUGCACAAGUUUUUUUUUUUUUUUUUUUUAAAAUGACCGAUAGCCUUAUGAAAUUGCACUUUGGGAAAAUUAGCGGGCUGUCGAGCUAGUACCAAGCUCUUUCUGCCCUUCUCAAAGCACCCCCCACCCCUUUUUUUCAAACCUGAGUAUCGGGCUGCGAAGUGUCACGUUGGAGAUCCCCCCUUGCCAGGACAGCCUCCUACGGCCCCAACUCGAUCGAGUUCCCAGGGAGGCCACCCCCGCCCAAGGACACCUGGUCGGCCGGUAACGCCGCUGUCACGGCGUCAUCAGUCUAGUUUCCCACGGGUCGAGAUGGUAUAUUUAAGUCCUGAAAAACUUUCCGCUUGCAUCCCGGGGAAGCGCAAGACGUCAUCUAAUAAGGAUUUCUAUUGUGGAUUUCUACCUCACAACUAAUUCACAAAGCAUCUCGAACGAAACGGUUGCCUAGGAAGAAUGUCCUCAAGUGCUGUGUAAAUAGAAUCACCCACUGCCUACUAAGCUAUUUUCCUUUCUGGCUGUUUGCCCGCCCGCCUAUCUGUCUGUUCUGUCUGACUAUUCAUAACGAAAUGUCUCCUUGGAGACUGAUUUCUUAGUUUACGUGACUAAAUGACAUUAAGUUCACCCGCGUUAGAUUUGCAAAUUAAAUGAACAUAAAGUCCAGAACACACGAUAAAUUUCUCUCUCAAGGUAUACAUUGUGAUUUCAUGCAACGUAUUAAUUUCGCCUGCAGGCCAUUUCCAUAAAUCACCCAGUGGAAGGUUUAUCAAUGAAGAAGGCAGAACAGGUAGGUUUUAAUUUACUAGCUCAAUGGAUAUUUCAAGAUGUUCCAUAACUUUUUCGAGUCACGGCACCCUUGCUGCAUUUUUGUCACCCUUGCUGCAUACUGGGGUUCCUAGGGCCCCCUUUUUGCAUUCAGUGUUUCCAAUAGCACACGUGCGGCACCCUGUUUCACGUAUCACCUUUGUGGCACACGGUGUUUUCUAUGGCACUCUGUGUUUCUCAAGGGACACUUGUGGUACCCUGUGCUUCACAGGCACCCUUGUGGCACCAUGUGUUUCCAAUGACACCCUCCCAAUUUGUCUAAAUAUAACAAAUGUACUUCAGAAUAACUUUUUGUUAUCAUUGUGAGACACUCCUUUUAAAAAGAUACAUUUUGUCAAUGUUAAAUUAGAAAAAAAAACUACUAUUUACAAUUUCUCCCGUCUGAAAAUAAACGAAGUCACUAAACUAAAGUAUCGCCAAUCAAGUCCUGUAAGAGUCAGCACAAUCAGCUAUUGUGUUUAAAGAGUCAGCACAACCAGCUAUUGUUCAGCUAUUUGUUCUCUGACGCUGUGUUCAUGUAACACUCGACAAUUUUAAUCCUAAGGUGUAUUGAGACUUUAAGAAUGUUAAAGAACUGAAUCAGGAUUAUUUAGCCCGAAAGAUGUAAACAAUGUGAAGGCUCGGUAUCGAAAUUUUACCUUUUAAAUUUCUAUCUGAAACAUUUACCGUAAUCUUUUGCCUUUAGCGUUUACCACUAUAUUUUACCUUAAUUUAUUACUUUAUUCUUUUAUCUUAAUCUAGUACACUAUUAUUUUACCUUAAUCUUAUACCUUAAUCUUUUACCUAAACUAUUAACCUGACUCUUUUGCAUUCAUCUAUUACCUUAAUUUUUUUUUACCUUAUUUUUUUGCGUCCAUCGUUUACCUUAAUUUGUACUUUAAUCCUUUACCUUAAUCUUUUACCUUAAACUUUCUUUAACCUGUUACCUUAAUCUUUUACAUUAAUCUAUUACCUAAUAAUCUUUUAUCUAAUUUUUUUUUCCUUGACAUUUGAGACGUUAAAGUCUAUAUAAAGAUGAGCUAAGUAUAUAAAAUAAUUCUACGAAGGGGAAUGGUUCAACUGGCUGCCAAGAUUAUGAAUACACUUUGAAUGUGUUUUCAAAAAGGUCAGCUCUUGAGAUCUAAGGUUCGUUCUUUCGCUAGGCAAUGUCAUUUGUAAAUGUUCAAUCGUGAUCUGACGACGUUACAACGUGUCUACAUCUCUACCUCAUCAUUUACAGGAAGGUUCAAGCGAGGAGCGGACGGCAGUUAUUUUUUUCAAUACGAUAAAGGUAAGUGCACAACUGUCAUGUGAUAAAGGUAAGUGCACUACCGUAAUAUGAUGAAGGUAAGUGCACUACCGUAAUAUGAUAAUGGUAAGUGCACUACUCUAAUAUGAUAAAGAUAAGUGCACUACUUUAAUAUGAUAAAGGUGAGUGCACUACCUUAAUAUGAUUAAGUUAAGUACACUACUGUAAUAUGAUAAAGAAAAUUGCACUACUGUAAUAUGUGGAAGGUAAGUGCACAACUGUAAUAUGAUAAAGGUAAGUGCAAUACUGUAUAGCUCGUCAGUUGAAAUCGCCCGCGGCCAUCUUAAUCAUCGUGAAUGCUAAUUGUAAACUUGUCUGUGGGUGCGCAGAUGGCUCAUGGAACCAAUUCUGGGACGCAAUGGCCUUGUGCAAUAGGUGCGGGGUACACUACUACAGUCCUAACGUGAGACAAGUUGUAGGCUUUGUUAGCCACGUUUGGGAGGGAACAUGAGAGGACGAGUAGAUAUGGGUUUAUUCUGAUUUGUUUAGACUAUUGGCAUACUUUAUAUAAAAACCAUUUUUUCUUUAAAGUUUCAAAACCUUAAUUCAGAGAGGAACCGCAUUACUUAUAAUGGACAAGCAGAGAAGAUGUACAUUUUUUUGUUGUUUUUUUCAAGACAAAUCUAUCCGAAGAAGUGACGACAGUUCACGCAGAUCUUCUCUAACUCAGAAAGGUAAAGGAAAAUGAACUAUGAUUUAAUGUUGUCUUAUUUGAUUUAGAAGUAUUUAAGCUUACAUGUUAUAAACGUGUGUGUAUCUAUUGCAGUCUGCAGUGUAUCUAUUGCAAUCUACUUUGUGGCUAUCUAGUGCAAUCUGCCGUGUGAGUAUCUGUUGCAGUUUGCUGUGUGAGUAUCUAUUGAAAUCUGCUGUAUGGGUAUCUAUUGCAGGCUGCUGUGUGAGUAUCUAUUGCAGUCUGCUGUGUGAGUAUCUUUUGCAGUCUGCUGUGUGGACACCUAUUGCAAUCUGUUGUGUGAGUAUCUAUUGCAGUCUGCUGUGUGAGUAUCUUUUGCAGUCUGCUGUGUGGGCACCUAUUGCAAUCUGUUGUGUGAGUAUCUAUUUCAGUCUGCUGUGUGAAUAUCUAUUGCAGUCUGCAGUGUGAGUAUCUUUUGCAUUCUGCUAUGUGGGUGUCUAUUGCAGUCUACUGUGUGAGUAUCUAUUGCAACCUGCUGUGUGAGUAUCUAUUGCAAUCUGCUGUGUGAGUAUCUAUUGCAAACUACUGUGUGGGUAUUUAUUGCAGUCUGCUGUGUGGGUAUCUAUUGCCGUCUGCUGUGUGAGUAUCUUUUGCACUCUGCUGUGUAUGUAUUGCAAUCUGCUGUGUGGGUAUCUAUUGCAAUCUGCUGUGUGAGUAUAUAUUGCAGUCUGCUGUGUGAGUAUCUAUUGCAAUCUACUGUGUGAGUAUCUAUUGCAGUCUGCUUUGUGAGUAUGUAUUGCAGUCUGCUAUGUGAGUAUCCCUUGCAAUCUGCUGUGUAUCUAUUGCAAUCUGCUGUGUAAGUAUCUAUUGCAGUCUGAUGUGUGAGAAUCUAUUGCAAUCUGCUGUGUGGGUAUCUAUUGCAGUCUGCUGUGUGGGUAUCUAUUGCCGUCUGCUGUGUGAGUAUCUUUUGCAGUCUGCUGUGUAUCUAUUGCAAUCUGCUGUGUGGGCAUCUAUUGCAAUCUGCUGUUUGAGUAUCUAUUGCAGUCUGCUGUGUGAGUAUCUAUUGCAAUCUACUGUGUGAGUAUCUAUUGCAAUCUGCUGUGUGGGUAUCUAUUGCAAUAUGUUGUGUGAGUAUCUAUUGCAAUCUACUGUGUGAGUAUCUAUUGCAGUCUGCUGUGUGGAUAUCUAUUGCAACCUGCUGUGUGAGUAUCUAUUACAGUCUGCUGUGUAUCUAUUGCAAUCUGCUGUGUGGGUAUCUAUGGCAAUCUGCUGUGUGAGCAUCUGUUGCAGUCUGCUGUAUGAGUAUCUAUUGCAAUCUGCUGUGUGAGUAUCUAUUGCAGUCUGCUGUGUGAGUAUGUAUUGCAGUCUGCUGUGUGAGUAUUCAUUGCAAUCUGCUGUGUGAGUAUCUAUUGCAAUCUGCUGUGUGAGUAUCUAUUGCAGUCUGCUGUGUGAGAAUCUAUUGCAAUCUGCUGUGAUAGUAUCUAUUGCAGUCUGCUGUGUGAGUAUCUAUACCAUUCUGCUGUGUGUGUAUCUAUGCAAUCUGCUGUGUGUGUAUCUUUUGCAGUCUGCUGUGUGGGUAUCUAUUGCAAUCUGCUGCAUGAGUGUCUAUUGCAAUUUGCUGUGUGAGUAUCUAUUGCAAUCUGCUUUGUGAUAUAUAUUGCAAUCUGCUGUGUGGGUAUCUAUCGCAAUCUGCUUUGUGAGUAUCUCUUGCAAUCUGCUGUGUGGGUAUCUAUUGCAAUCUGGUGUGUAAGUAUCUAUUGCAAUGUGCUGUGUGAGUAUCUAUUUCAAUCUGUUGUGUGAGUAUCUCUUGCAAUCUGCCGUGUGGGUAUCUAUUGUUUCUUAAAUAUUCAGCCCCAUAACAUGAAUCUGCACGCAAUGUAAUCUGUCAUGGUUGUGCUGGUAUAAAUAUUUUGACAGUGACACUGACAAAUGGCGCGCUGACAAAAGUAUCAAUGAAAGUUAAUGACGAUGAAGAUCAGGACACAGUGUCAUACUUGGAUGUCACUCAGUUAGUGAGUAGCAGAAAUUAAAGAGGGUAGGCUUCGCUGGGCUGGACACUUAGAAAAAAUGCCAAAUGACAGCGUAGUGAAGAGGGUACAUCACAAAAACCCUAGAGGAAAGCUGCUCAGAGGGAGACGGGGGCUUAGAUCAAUGGAUGUCGCGGAAAACGAUCUACUACAACUGGGAAUCAAAGGAUAGGGAAAAAGCAUCCGUUAGGUUUUGGUGGCAGCAAGUGGUAAGGUAGGUCGUAGCCCUGCAUAGGCUAUAGCGCCACGGGUAUGAAUGGAUGGCUCAACUUGAUUUGUUGCGUUGUUUUUAAAAGAUCAACAUUUGAUGGCUUAACUUAUUUUGUUGUCGUUCCAGAACGCUUUACAAAGACAUCCAGUGGACGGUUUGUGGAUCACGACGGUAAAGAAAGUAAGUAGUUAACUUAAUGUGGUAUCCGCAAUAAAGCAAGCGUAACUACAAACACUAACAGGUAUAUGCGGAGAGACACUACCAAGUGUAUAUGGACAGACGCCAGCAAGUACAUAUGGAGAGACACUUUUAAGUGUAUCUAGACAGACACUAUCACGUGCAUAUAUAGAUAUGCACUGCCAGGUAUGCAUGGACAGACACCGCCAAGUAUAUAUGGAAAGACGCUACCAAGUAUACUUGGACAGACAAUAUCAGGUAUAUAUGGACAGACAAAACCAAUCAAGUAUGGACACACACUUUCAAGUGUAUAUGGCAAGAGACGGCGAAGUAUUUAUGGACAGACACAACCUAGUGUAUAUAGACAGAUAACCCAAUGAAUAUAUAAACAAACACUAUAUGUUAUGAACAGACACCUGCAGGUAUAUAUAGAAACACACUAUCAAGUAUAUAUGGACAGACACUACCAAGUAUAUCUGGACAGACAACAUAAAGUAUAUAUAGACAGACACUACCAAGUAUAUCUGGACAGACAACACCAAGUAUAUAUGGGCAGACACUAACCAAGUAUAUCUGGACAGACACCACCAAGUAUAUAUGGACAGACACCACUAAGUAUAUAUGCUCAAACGCUUCAAAAACAGCAGAGUGCAAUAGAUAGUCACCAAGUAUAUAUGGACAGACGCCACCAAGUAUAUAUGGACAGACACCACCAAGUAUAUAUGGACUGAAACUACCUAAUUGUUUACGGAGAGACUAUGAUAAUGGUUAGAUAGAGAUACAAGUCUCUUCAAACGAUAACAGCUGGGGUGCCCUGGUGCAUUGGGCAAGUUGUACAUGAUGGUGCAUUAUUAGCUUUUGUGCACGUUGUAGAUUUUGUGUGCAUUAUUACCACUUACACCUUGAAUCUGUAGGUGCAUUAUCACCAUUGAGUAAAGUAUAUUCAUAAAAAAUGUCAGUCUAUUCUGGACGUCUUACCUUCGUGUACUUUGUCUUGUCACACUAAAGGCGCUGUAACACUAAUUUACACUCAUAGAUUGUGUCUUUCAGAUCUGUCCAGGUUGUCUUUUCAUUGUGCACUUUGUCUUGUCACACUUAAGUAACAGUAGUUUACACUCAUAGAUUGUGUCCUUCAAAUUAAAUACAGCUCAAGGGCCGUUCCGUAGAACAUCCAGUGGGUUUUAUGUGGACGGUAGAGGAAGAAAAGGUAAGACGUGACACUAAUUUUUGACAAGUUUGGGAUAACUGCUGGCAGAGGCGUAGCCAGAUGGGGGCAAGGGGAAUGCGCAUGCAGCCCAAUCUAUGAAAUAGGCAAAAAACAAAAUGACACCUGUUUUAAAUUCAUGGAUUCAACCUCGAAUUUCAUACAAGGCCAGGUCUUCCAGUUGAAUCUAUUGCGCCGAAUCUAAGCUGGGAACACUAGCCAAACUUUUGUUGACAUUGUCGUAACUAGGGUUGUGAGUUUUUAAGUACUUUUAAUGUAUCUUCUCUUUCUUCUGAAAGACGCUUUAUUGUUGUACAUAUACAGGGUUUCCUUAAUCCAUUAAGUCAAACGUGGUUGCUAUUUGAAAUGACGGAAUAGUUUCUAAUAGAACGCAGAUUAUCGAAGUUAUUUUAACAUAUAUAUAUAUAUAUAUUUAAAUAGUCCCACAUCUCCACCGUUUUCAAAUUUAAAUAAAGAACAUUUUCAACUGGCUAUAAACAACUUUUCAUCUUUGAAUUUGUUUGCAGGGAGAUUUCGAUUGUCGUCAAAUGGUUUCUACUACUUUGACGCGAGCGACUCAG